AUGCCCCUGCCACGCGCCACCCUCGCGCGCUCGCUCGCACGCCCUCACUCGACGCCGUCGUUCUUCACCCCGUCUCGCAAUCUCGCAGCGAAGCGCACCCUCUUUUCCCGCGCACAGAAACCACCAGGGUGGCAGCCGUUCUACCGCAGACACCCGCGCGUGUUCGCCGUCCUCGCAGCGCCCUUUGUCGUCGGCGGAUCGCUCGGAGUCGCCCUCCUCGGCCUCUGGGCCUACGACGCGUCGACCUACCACCACCCGCACGCCGGUCGAGUACCCGUCGACCCCGUCGCACUCAAACCCGAGCGCGGAGGCAAAAAGAACCUGAAGGUCGCGGCGGCUCUCAUCGACGACCUCGACGAGCGAGUCGUCAACGCACGCGACAAGAAGCGGCUCGUCAUUGUGGGCGGCGGAUGGGGGUCUGUUGGCAUCCUGCAGCACCUGGAUCCUGGAGCAUGGCACGUCACCGUCGUCUCGCCUGACAACUACUUUCUCUUCCAUCCCUUGUUGCCCUCCGCGACAGUCGGAACGGUCGAGGUGCGGAGCUUGGUCGAGCCGCUGAGGAAGAUUAUCGCGCGGGUGUCGGGUCACUUCUUGUACGGACGCGCCGUCGACGUCGACUUUUCCGAGCGCCUCCUCGAAGUCGCGUGCCCGGGCGACGAAGAAAACUUCUACCUCCCGUACGACAAGCUCGUGAUUGCCUGCGGAUCCGUCAACAGCACUCACGGCGUGCCCGGCCUUGAGAACUGUUUCCAGCUCAAGACGGUGCAAGACGCACAGGCGAUCCGGCGGCGCGUGAUGGACAAUUUGGAGAAGGCUGCGUUGCCGAGUACGGAGGAGGACGAGAGGAGGAAGUUGUUGAGCUUUGUGAUUUGUGGGGGUGGACCGACGGGCGUCGAGUUUGCGAGCGAGUUGUGGGAGAUGGUCAAUGAGGAUGUCAUCUCGUACAUGCCCGGCCUCCUCCGCGACGAGAUCAAGGUCCACCUGAUCCAGUCGCGCGACCACAUCCUCAACACCUACGCCGAGAAGAUCUCCGAGUACGCCGAGGAACGCUUCCGACGCCACGAGAUCGACAUGAUCCUCAACGCGCGCGUCAAGGAGGUCACGCCUCAGAAGGUGGUCUAUACGAUCAAAGACCCGAAGACGGGCAAGACGACGGAGCACGAGGUCGACAGCGGGUUCACGCUGUGGAGUACGGGCAUCGCCAUGAACCCCUUCACGCAACGCGUCGCCGCCCUCCUCCCGAACCAGUACCACAAGCACGCCCUCGAAGUCGACUCGCACCUGCGCGUGAUCGGCGCGCCGCUCGGAACCGUCUACGCCCUCGGCGACUGCGCGACGAUCGAGACGAGGCUCGUCGACCACUUGCUCGAGUUCGUGACGAGGUGCGACGAGAACAAGGAUGGCAAGAUUGACGAGCGCGAGUUCAAGAAGAUGAUGGGCUUCAUCAAGCGCCGCUUCCCGGCGUCGGAGAAGCACUUUGGCAAGAUCGAGGACAUCUUCAAGCAGUACGCCGACGGCAAGGGCGCGCUCGGGCUGAACGAGCUUGCGGACCUCUUCAUCAACGUCUCGCGCAAGAUCACCGCCUUCCCGGCCACGGCGCAGGUCGCCGAGCAGGAAGGUAUCUACCUCGCCAAGAAGCUUAACGUCCUCGCGAAGCAGCACGAUGCCCAUGUCGCGAUCGACAACGGCGUCUACGACGACCCCGACGACAUGCUGUACGAGCCGUUCAACUACAAGCACAUGGGAUCGCUGGCCUACAUCGGCAACAGCGCCGUCUUCGACUUCCCCGGCUUCUCGUUCGCAGGCGGUCUUGCUGCGAUGUACUUGUGGCGGAGCGUCUACCUCUCGACAUCGGUCACGAUCCGCCAGCGGUGCCUCCUCAUGGCCGACUGGGUCAAGCGAUCGCUCUUCGGCCGCGACUUGUCGAAGUUCUAA